AUGCGACAGUGGUGCGUCCCCGCUGCGACCCGAAGCACGGUGCCACUCCCGGGGCGCCUCUCCGUGUCGCCCCCUCCAUCGGAUGUCAGAAUGGAGUGCUGUGGAGUGGAGCCACGCUACACCAUCGAGCAGAUAGACCUCCUGCAGCGUCUGCGCCUCUCUGGCAUGACCAAACCUCAGAUCGUCCACGCGUUGGAGUCUCUAGAGAGGCUUGAUCCGGACCCGCGCUCAACUCACUGUGACUCCCACCCAGCCCCUUCCAAUAACAACAAUAGCAACAACACACACGCCACUCCCUCCGCCCCAGCACCGUCCUCUUCGUCAUCCACCUCCUCUCUCUCCCUAACCUCGGCCACCACACAGACCUCCGGACUGGACGGCGCAGCGCUGUCCCCCAGCAACAGCUUUGAGGCCUCGCCUCCUCCCCUGUACCCCACCAGCGUGACUGUGCAGCGCUCUUUCAGCUACGACAUGGUUGGGGAGGAGGAGUGGGACCUGGAGGAGAAGGUGGAGGAAUACAUGAGGAGGGAUAGCAACCUGGUGAAAGAGGAGAUCAAAACCUUCCUCAACAACCGAAGGAUCUCUCAGGCGAUCGUGGGACAAGUUACAGGCAUCAGUCAGAGUUACAUCUCGCAGUGGUUGUUACAGCAGGGCCUUGAGAUGAGCGACUCCAAACGCAGAGCUUUCUAUCGCUGGUACCUACUGGAGAGAAAUAACCCAGGGCUGAGGUGGAGCGAAAGCCAGCACAGCGUGAGUCCCAGGGCCAGGGGAGGGGACAGAGACGGGCUGGCGGCGGGGGCGAGUGGCUGCCUCCCCAAUCCCAACACCAACCUCAACCCCAACUCCAACCCCGUGUGGAGCAGGCAGAGAGAGCUGUUGAUGCACUUGCUCCCAUGGUACACCGCCGCCGCCGCCACUGCAGCCCAGCCAGGCGCAACUUUAUCGAUGAGGUCAAUGGUGAAGGAGGAACCCGAUUGGCGGACGGGCAUCAUGGCUGAUAGGCCAGCGAUUGUCGGGGCACCGCUGAGGCUCCGUCGAGGAAGCCGCUUCACCUGGAGGAAGGAAUGCCAGUCCAUCAUGGAGAGUUUCUUUGUAGAGAACCAAUACCCCGAUGAGGCUAAGCGGGAGGAGAUCGCCAAUGCCUGUAACUCGGUCAUCCAGAAACCAGGUUGCAAGCUGUCUGAAUUUGAGCGUGUGACGGCAUUAAAGGUGUACAACUGGUUCGCUAACCGCCGCAAGGAGAUGAAGCGGCGGGCAAAUAUCGAAGCCGCCAUUUUGGAAAGCCACGGUAUCGAGGUCCCGAGCCCGAGUUGCCACUCCAACGGGGAAGAGGCUGAAAUACAAGAGUUCGCCGAUCAGGUCAAUCAAGGUUUCUCAGAGCAGGAAGAGGCAUCAACUGGAAGGAUGGUGGAGCAACAAGAUCCUGUCAGGGCCCCUCCAGACACCCUUCCUAACUCGGAGGUCCCAGAACAGAAAGAAAAGGAUUCAAAAAGGGAAACUGUGGAUGAAGAGUGA